AUGGCGUACAGCGAUGACUUCGAGAGAAAAGGGGAGAUAUGUAUAUGCUACCUGGGCUACUUAAUGCUGUUCAAUUACAUCAUCCUGGUCCGGAUGGAACGGUGGCCCUCAAUACAAGAAUGGGUUGUCAUCUCCUACAUCUUGACUCUGGCUUUAGAGAAGGUCAGGGAGAUUUUGAUGUCAGAACCAGGGAAACUAAGCCAGAAAAUCAAAGUGUGGCUGCAAGAAUAUUGGAACAUCACGGAUUUGGUGGCCAUCUCUGUGUUUCUGAUCGGAGCUGUCCUCCGCUUGCAAAACCCGCCUUACAUGAGUUACGGAAGAGUGAUCUAUUGCGUGGACAUCAUUUUCUGGUACAUCCGCGUCCUGGACAUCUUUGGUGUGAACAAAUACCUGGGACCCUACGUCAUGAUGAUUGGGAAGAUGAUGAUUGACAUGCUGUAUUUUGUGGUCAUUAUGCUGGUGGUCCUGAUGAGUUUCGGGGUGGCCCGCCAAGCCAUCCUCCACCCCGACGAAGAACCCACCUGGAGACUGGCCCGUAACAUCUUCUACAUGCCCUACUGGAUGAUUUAUGGAGAGGUCUUUGCUGACCAGAUAGACCUCUACGCCAUGGAGAUCAAUCCUCCUUGUGGGGAUAACCUUUACGAUGAGGAUGGCAAACGGCUCCCCCCUUGUAUCCCUGGUGCUUGGCUGACUCCUGCCAUCAUGGCUUGCUACUUGCUGGUGGCCAACAUUCUCCUGGUCAACCUCUUGAUUGCUGUCUUCAACAACACUUUCUUUGAGGUGAAAUCCAUCUCCAACCAAGUCUGGAAAUUCCAGCGGUAUCAGCUGAUCAUGACUUUCCACGACAGGCCCGUCCUCCCACCCCCCAUGAUCAUCUUCAGCCACCUGUACAUCAUCAUUGUCCGCGUUUGCUGCCGCUGGAAGAAGCACAAAGAAGGGGACCAGGACGAACGGGAUCGCGGGCUGAAGCUGUUUCUCAGCGAUGAAGAGUUGAAGAAGCUCUACGAAUUCGAGGAACAGUGUGUGGAGGAAUAUUUUCGAGAAAAAGAAGAUGAGGAGCAGUCCUCCAAUGACGAACGCAUCCGAGUUACCUCUGAAAGGGUUGAAAACAUGUCGAUGAGACUAGAAGAAGUGAACGAAAGGGAGCAUUUCAUGAAAGCUUCUCUCCAGACAGUGGACCUUCGGCUUUCUCAGCUGGAAGACACCUCUGGCCGCAUGGCAACUGCUCUGGAGAAACUGGCCGGCAUUGACACAUCGGAGCUGAUUCUCCCGCGUUCUCGGGCCUCCUCCGAAUGUGACGCGGCUUAUCUUUUGAGGCAAAGCAGCGUGAAUAGUUCGGACGGCUACAGCAUCUAUCGCUACCAGGCGGAUGAGCUGAUCGGUGACACCUUGCCCACUCCGAUGUCUCCAGCGCUGGCGUUGCGCGAAGCAGAUCCCAAGAUGCAGCUGUCUCCAGAACGUCAAGGAAGCCGCCGUUCUCCCUUGGGCCCAAAUGCAGCGGCCUCUAUGGAAAGUAAGAACUCCUUAGAGGUCGUUCGGGCUGCCCCUAGCCCGUAUUCCAGUUCAGUAGACCCACAAGAUCAGUCUCCAAGUUAUGAGUCCGUAUCUCAAUCUCUUAUGCGAAUGGAUAGUAUUGAGAAGAGACGGUCUGGAACCCAACCGCUUCUGCAGAAAGCCCAGCUACCUCUAGGGAAGACCAAGCUGGAAGCCACCACCUCUUACCCCUUGGACGGGCCCAAAGCAAGGAGAUACUACCCAACGGAAACAGGCUACGCUUCUCAUGUCGCCCUAAUGAAGUCAAAGAGUUUUAUUCUUGCACAAGGCAGAGAAUUGGUUGGCGGGUACAAUAACUGGACGGUGAUGGACCAAGAAUAUAGGACUAUCAUGAACCAAGUGUGCCCUUCUGCGGUUCAGCCGUGGACCGCUGAAUGGAAGUACGAACUUCAGCAGAAAAUGGAUGAUGAGCCCCCUCCCAAAUAUCCAGGUAUUGUGCCUCAGCUGGAGGGUCAGGUAGAGCAAAAGUGUUUGAUGGCCAGCCCUGAAGAGGAUAGUGAGAUGGGCAAAGUUGAAGGCCUCAGUCUCUCCCCCGUGUCUUCACCACUCAUUCAGAGGAGGCCGUCAUGCAACAGACACUCGGUGAAGUCAGGAAGAGCCGGUAGAUAUCCACCUGGGCGGUCAAGGAGUUUACACAGCCGUUCUCAGAGAGCCAAGUCCAUUAAGGAGAGGCUCAAUAGGCCGGGACAUGCCAGUAGCAUCAGCAGUUUGAUGAUACCUUCGGGAUCUCCAAAGGAGGAGCGGAAAACCAACCAAGAAAAACCUUCCACAGAAACCGAAUGCUAA